CUAAAUUAACUUGACACCUCUCGAUCAGCCGCCUCCCGCCAUAGCUCCGUCGUCUAGCUAGCGGCAUACAUCCGGGAGGAACGGGAACGCGAUACGGUCGGUCAGCCAGCCAUGUCGUGGUCCGGCGACUACGAGAAGUACAUGGCGACGGCGGCGGCCGUGGCCGGGACGGCCAUGGUGGUGCGCGGCGUGGUCAGCGAGCUCAUCCCCGACGAGGUGCGCGAGCUGCUCCGGGCGGCCGCGCGAAGCAUCCGCGCGCGCGUCUCCUCCACCCACACCGUCGUCAUCGACGAGACGGAGGGCCUGUCCACCAACCAGAUCUACGACGCUGCGCGCACCUACCUCGCCGCGCGGAUCAACACCGACAUGCAGCGCCUCCGCGCCAGCCGGGUCGACGACGCCCAGGGCAUCAUGAUCACCAUGGACCAGGGCGAGGAGAUGCUCGACGUCCACGACGGCGUCGACUACACCUGGCGCCUCGUCUCCCGCGACAACGCCAGCGCCAGCGCCGCCGCCAACGCCCACGCCGGCGGCUACGGCUACACCGGCGGCGCCACCAACAGGAGGGGCCGGAGCCGCUUCGAGGUCAAGUCCUUCGAGGUGAGCUUCCACAAGAAGCACAAGGAGAAGGCGCUCAGGUCGUACCUCCCCUUCGUCGUGGACACGGCCAAGGCCAUGAACGACCAGCACAGGAACCUCAAGAUGCACAUGAUCGAGUACGACGCCUGGACCGCCGUCGACCUGCGCCACCCCUCCACCUUCGACACGCUCGCCAUGGACCACAGCCUGAAGCAGUCCGUCAUGUACGACCUCGAGAGGUUUGUCAAGAGGAAGGACUACUACAGGAGGAUUGGCAGGGCGUGGAAGAGGGGAUACCUGCUCUACGGACCACCUGGCACCGGCAAGUCCAGCCUCAUCGCCGCCAUGGCCAACUACCUCAAGUUUGACAUAUACGAUCUCGAGCUCACUGAGGUCAAGUCCAACUCUGACCUCCGGAGGCUGCUCGUCGGGAUGAGCAACCGAUCCAUCCUCGUUGUUGAGGACAUUGACUGCAGCAUCGACCUGCAGCAACGGGAUGAGGGUGACAUCAAGCGUGCCAAGUCCAGCCAUUCAGGAGAAGAAAAUGAAGACAAGGUGACACUAUCUGGGCUGCUCAACUUUGUUGACGGUCUGUGGUCAACAAGCGGCGAGGAGAGGAUCAUCGUCUUCACCACAAACUACAGAGAGCGUCUUGACCCAGCACUGCUGCGGCCUGGCAGGAUGGACAUGCACAUCCACAUGGGGUACUGCACCCCAGAGGCUUUCCGAGUUCUGGCCAGCAACUACCACUCUGUUGAAAACCAUGCCAUGUAUCCAGAAAUCGAACAGCUGAUAGAGGAGGUGCCGAUAACGCCUGCAGAGGUUGCAGAGGUCCUAAUGAGGAAUGACAAUGCCGAUGUCGCACUUCAGGUUCUUGCUGAAUUCCUCAUGGCAAAAAAGAAUCAAACUGGAGAGACCAAGGCUCAAAACAAGAAUGGAAAUCAGAAGAUCAAUAAAUAUGAGCAGGCAAUGGUGUAAAAAUCAUAACCCAAUUGAUCAGAGCAGAUAGGACCAUAGAAACCAAUCGUAAUCAAGCACUUUCUCGUGUAAAGGCCUAUAGAAACAUUGCAAAAAAUGUUACAGUUUUGACCAUGGAUGAGAAAUGGAGAGCAUCUUAUUUUUUGGACAUGUAAUUUGCAACUGCAACGAUAUUCUACACAAGCUGUUGUUAUCUAUUACAUAUUCAAUUUAUAAU